GGGGAUGCGUCCGCGCGGCGCUGACGGGAGCAGCGGCGGUAAGGGCGGCCGGGCGGCGGCGUGGGGGGAGCUUCGUUCGGCAGCCGUGUCCUCUGCCCGGCCCCGCUGCGUGGGGCUGAGACGAGGCCCCGGGGCCGGGCUGAGGCUCGGAGGGAGCCUUGAAUACUCGCGAGUGGCCGCGGGUUGCGGGGUCGUCCCCGGGCGCCGUAGUGCCGCUGCGCGCCGCCGCCUUCGGGGUCCGGGCGGGGCGCGGGGCGCGCUCCUGUGAGCCCGGCUGGCUUCGUUGGGUGCCUGUAGGUUUCUCGGAACCCGAGCGCGCUGUGGCCGCCCGUUUGUUUCUGCGUUGGUCUCUAUGGAGGAGCCGCUCUCCCGGGCGUGGAUGCGCGUGCGGCGGCUCCCGGGGCGCGGAGGGUCGCUGCGGGGCAGGGCUGGCAGAGCUGCGCGGGGUCCCCGCUGUGCCCUCGGCUGAGCUCUGCAGCCGCGGCGGUGGUUCUGUGCGGAGCGCCGCGACCCCCAAACCCUGAGCGUCUGUGGGCGGUCCCCGCAGCCAGCCGGGGCGUCCCAAAGCCGUUCUGGCUUCAGUGCGGGCCGAGUUGGUGUGCUGGGAACGCUCCGAGCACAGAAAUAACACAGAUCACAGCUGGGUAUUACCAGGAGAAGGAGUUCCCUGCUAGAACACCCCGUUUCUGUUAGUUGCUGGUAGGCAGGCGUCUCGUGCAGGCGUUACUUUGCAGAAGCAGCGCUGAUAAGUUGUGUGGAAGGACUGGGCAGGGUGCGGUGUGAGCUUCUUGUUGCUUCCAAGCGAUGUGUGGUGCUUACAUCCUUCAUCGUUAGUGAAACGGACGCGGGUUUUGUUGCACAGCAGUAGCAGGUGGGACUCCUGGCAGUGAAUGGCCUUUCUUUCAUUAAUAUUUGAAAAUUUGCAGGUGUUUGUGCAGCUCAGGUUUGAAGACGAGGGCGAGCGCUUUCUGCUUCUCUUCCUCACUGUUAAUAAUUAAAUGCUGCCAAGUAGAUGUUUGUAACAGGCUGCCCGUGAACCUUGCACGUCUGUAAGCACAUCUGCGCAUCCCGGCCCUGUCCUUCUGUUGCAGCUGUUGGUUUCUCCCCUCGGUUGGUUUUUUCUUCGUUCUGCUCACUAAACACCUCAGCACAGCCCCCCUUCCAUCAGUGUUGUUAUUGGGAUUGCAAACUGGUGAAAGCUGUGGCUGCCCUAAAUUAACGUGCCCAUAAAUUCAGGGCAAGCAAGCAGGUAAAGCAGACUGGUCCACACUGCUUGUGUCUCUCAGCAUCUCCACAAACAAGGUUACUGCAAUCUGAUAAUGCUGCCCUGGCAUUUGUUUAGAUCACAAGUGCUUGCGCUUCAGUGACGGAGCUGCAUGGAGUUCGUGACAAGCAAAUUACAGGCCGUAAAUUCGGUCCUUGCUGUUCUUUGCAGCUCUUUAGAGCACAUCCUGCUCUGUUAGGUUGGAGAAGCUGCUAAAGCUGCUUGUGUUAGGCUGUGGGGAUGGCUGCUCAGAAGCAGAUAGAUGUGAUAGAACUCGAAAUAAGCUGUUAAUUGUCUGGAAGAAAAGUGGCUAUUUUCCGUUUAUAUAUAGCCUUGAAUUGUGGCUGAGAACUGAAGUUUCUUUUAGAAAACCAGUGGAAACACUCAGAUAGAUUUGCAUGGUAUGCAGCUUAGAGUGGUGGCUUGCAGGAGAGUUUAUGUAAGUAAUGCCGGUCUUUGGCUGCUGCGUCCCCUUGUACUUGACCAGGCAGUCACACGACCUGUCUGAUAUAAAAAUAGAGCUAAUUGCACUAUAUUAAUGAUUGACUCGUGUGGAUUCUGCGUGGGUGGGUGGAGCAGAUCCAGCAGAAGGGUGGAAGUCAUAGGAAGAUCUGUACAAGGACAAGUUCCAAGGUGGAGAAUGACAGAAAAACCUGAACUCCCACAGAGCUGACGUGGACUGCAGUGGACUGAUGUCCUACCAUUACUACCUCUGCAUACCCUGUAGAUGUGCUCACGGACAGACAGUGCUUCCAAACACUGUAAGACGCCCUGCUUGCAGAAGUGAAUUAGGGACUACACAUCACCUCUUCAAGAAUUAACUUUAAAUAAGAGUACAACAGAAAGAAAUGGAAAAGCCACAGGUCAUUUAAUGAUCACUUCUCAUAGCUUUUCUCAUAUGCUUCCCUUGGUGUCAUGGAUGAAUACAACCGCUUUGUGGAUUGGGACAAAAUGGAUGUUACUGUCCAGAGCCAGGACAUAAAGGAGCUGACCUGCACGGAGUUCCAGGAGCUGAAGCAGCUGGCCCGGCAAGGCUACUGGGCCAAGAACCACUCGCUGAGAGCCAAAGUGUACCACAAGCUGAUUAGCAAUAUCCCAUGUCGCACAGUGACCCCAGAUGCAAAUGUUUACCGGGACAUUGUGGUGAAGAUAGUUGGAAAGCGUAGCAGUAGCUCCCUUCCACUGCCAGAGUUUGUGGACGACAGCCUUGUCCCCACGUACUGCUUGAAUGCAGAAGGCAUUGGGGCAGUUAGGAAGAUUAUACUGUGCAUUGCAAAUCAGUUCCCAGACAUAUCGUUCUGCCCUGCGCUGCCUUCUGUGAUAGCUUUGCUCCUCCACUACAGCAAGGAUGAGGCAGAGUGCUUUGAACAGGUUUGUCGCAUCCUUGCUUGCAACGACCCAUCCAAGCGACUCAUCGAUCAGACCUUCCUGGCUUUUGAGUCCUCCUGCAUGACCUUUGGGGACCUGGUGAACAAGUACUGCCAGGCAGCACACAAGCUGAUGGUGGCAGUGUCUGAGGAUGUGUUGGAGGUGUACUCAGACUGGCAGCGGUGGCUCUUUGGAGAGCUGCCCAUGCUUUACAUCGCUCGGGUCUUCGAUGUGUUUCUGGUGGAGGGCUACAAAGUUCUCUAUCGUGUUGCGUUGGCUAUUCUGAAGUUUUUUCACAAAGUCAGAGCUGGGCAGCCCAUGGAGUCGGACAGCGUGCAGCAGGAUAUCCGAGCUUUUGUCAGAGACAUUGCUAAGUCAGUGUCUCCAGAGAGGCUUCUGGAAAAAGCCUUUGCUAUCCGCCUGUUCUCACGGAAGGAGAUCCAGCUGCUGCAGAUGGCCAAUGAGAAAGCUUUACAGCAGAAGGGCAUCACAGUCAAACAGAAAAGUGUCACAUCUCCAAAAAGGCAGAAUGUGCACUUGGCAGUCCACGCAGAGAACUUCAAGUCUGAAAUUGUCAGUGUGAAAGAGAUGCGAGAUAUCUGGUCGUGGAUCCCAGAGCGCUUUGCACUUUGCCAGCCCCUCUUGCUCUUCACCACCUUGGAACACGGCUGCAGUCUGAGCAGGUUCUAUUCUCACAGUGAGGGACAUGAGCCUACUCUUCUUCUCAUCAAGACCACAGCAAAAGAGGUCUGCGGUGCUUAUCUGUCCACCGACUGGAGCGAGCGCAGGAGAGGUGGGAACAAGCUGAGUUUCUUUGGAACUGGGGAGUGCUUUGUGUUCAGGCUGCAACCAGAAGUGGAACGCUACGAGUGGGUGAUCAUAAAGCACCCAGAAUUGGCUGCAAGUGGUUCUGAGCCAGAAAAUCAUGCCUCGCCAGCUUCCAACGCCCUCUCCUUCAGAAGCACCCCCUCAGACCCAUCAGAUCGCCUUUCUCCCUUCUUAUCAGCUCGGCACUUCAACUUACCGUCCAAAACAGCUUCCAUGUUCAUGGCUGGCAGCAGUGAAUGCAUCAUUAUAGGAGGCGGUGAUGGCCAGGCUCUUUACCUCGAUGCAGACCUGAACCAUGGAAGGACAAGCCACUGCGACACUUUCAACAACCAACCGCUGUGUUCCGAAAGCUUCCAGAUCUCUGUCUUGGAGGUGUGGGGCUUCAGGGACACCGUGAAUGGCUGACACGACCAUCACUAUUCAGCUAGAUUUUCAGUUGUCCUAGGAUUCCCAAGGCAAAUUGUAAUGCAGGAGCCAAGUUAGAGCAUAAUUCCCACUGGACUUGGUGUUCGUUAAUAAUUACUAAGCAGUGCACUUGAAUGCAGAGCUUAGUUGUUUACUCUUAUUUAAGACAGGUGAAAGUGAUGUACCCUAUUAGCUCACAGAAUCUCAGAAUGGCUUGGGUUGGAAGGGACCUCGAGGAUCAUGAAUCUCCAACCCCCAGACCACAGGCAGGGCCACCAACCUCCACAUUCCAUACCAGCCCAGGCUGCCCAGGGCCCCAUCCAACCUGGCCUUGAGCACCUCCAGGGAUGGGGCGUCCAGAACCUCUCUGGGCAGCCUGUUGCAGCCCCUUACCACCUCUAGAGACCCGGUGUGACUGGCUUCAGGUGUUGAUAUUAGGUAAAAGUGAAAACAAUGUUGUUUCAAACAAUCCUAAAUGUAUACAAGUCUGUAUCAGAGGACAAUUUUGCAGUUCAGCACAAUUCCUCAGAGGUGCUGAGCUGAAUGAGGUGUACUGUAGAGCAUCUGGCCCAAGCCAGAAAUAUCGAAUGUCCAUUUACAGCAACACUGGAGACCUCAGAUUUGACAUAGGGCAGUAGUUCAUAAAACCAUUGCCCCAAUGUAAACAGAUAUUGUGCAGACAAAUCAUGUGUACCACUGAUGUACCAUCAGUACCGUUUUAGGAGUAAACUAUGAAGGAACUGUGAUUGGUGGUUCCCCUUCUGCUCAUACCUGAGUCCUUGAUACAUUCCAGUUGCAUCUCUUUGAGGAGGCUGCCUCUGAAGAGGGCGUCCAGACUGGACAGUGAUAUCUCAGAGGCUUGAUUUUGUUUACAUUCCUAUUUCAUAUCAGUAUAAUAGCUUCAGACUGGCUCAAGUUUCAGGCAGCUGAAAGCACAAGGUUAUAUACAGUGCUUAGACACAUUUCUGUGUCUUUUAUGGAAGCUGAAAUGAAGCAUUGAAAGUAUGAAUACCUGUGCAGAUAUCACUAAAUGUUUAGGGAACUAGGCACUGGGGUACAGAAGCUUAAUGCACCCUCCUCAAGUAAAUGGAGGAAUGUGGGAGGAGAAUCUUCUGUGCAGCAUUACUCUGGGAGUAAAUAAGCUUCCCAGGAGAACUCUAGGUGACACUUGCUCCAUCUCACAAGGAGACAAUGGAGUGCUCGUGUUUUUUUUUGGCUGUUUAAUCCAACAUCUCUAUUGCAGUGGGGAAAACAUGAUUAGUGCUUACACUUGAAGUCCAUAAAGGGUAACGCCAAAAAUUUACAGUGAUAAAAUAUCAGUGGAGCUGGACAGGGUCAUGUUAAUAUUCAGAGGUCACGGCUCAGACAGGUUAAUAGUGUUGGCUUGUACAGCUUGCUAGCAAAGAAAACACCAGCUGUUUUUGCUUCUUGCAAAGAGUGUCAGCAAACUUGGCGAAAAUGUGAGGUGCCAUUUUGAAUUCAUUAUUUUUUUUUUCAUAAUAACUCCUUGGAAUACUUGAUUGCAUAUACAAGUCUAAGAUGUCAUCUUUUGCCCCACAUAUACUUUCCAAUUACAUUAUUUCUUAUACUGCUUGGUCUUUUCUCAGGUUUUCUGUAAGCUCGAUUGAACUGGAAGGGUUGGUAUAGUUCAGUUGUAGAUAUUAAUGGGAAGGAUCUUGGCAAUCAUAUCUGGUUUUGAUAAACACUGGCUCACGCCUUUUUUUCAAAGCUGGCAGUACCAUGCUGCACUUGGUAGCAUCCCAUCAUCUUCCUAUGAUGAGUUAGCUGGAAAGUAUGCCACGUUUAGUAGGAUCUCUUAAACAGAGGUGGGAUUUCUUAACUUUGUCCAUAUCUCCUUUUUUGAGUUCAUCUUUGAAGUGCCCUUGUGAGAAAAUAAUAACACUGAUUUCAGCUUUGUGAAGCUGUCAGAAAUCCCCUGGAGCUGCGUGUUGACAGGGCUUGUGGGGCUUCGGUAUUACACUCAACGUAACCUAUAGCUUUUCCCAUGCAGAAUUGUUCCCACAGCUGCUGGUGGUGACUUCUUGUCUCUUUCCAUCCCCACUGGAUGCAACUAUGUCAGUGAAGCCCAGUUCUGUACCUUUACUUCGUAAGCCAUAUCUACAGAGCCCCGUUCCUUUCCCUGCUCUGUUGCUCAUACGCAGAGAUGUGGAUGUUUGAGCAAACGAGAGCAGGUUCUGGUCCCUCUGGUGCAGGUGCACAAGAGCCCCUCUUAGGGAACUUCUCUGGAUGGCCAACCAGUCUUUGGCAUGGGACUAAAGUCCCCCUCAAAGACCACAUGUCACUGGGUGACAGCCUUGCAGCUGGGAGAGGUGGGCUCAGAGCACACCCUACCUUAGCACAACCUGAGCUGCCACCUGUCUGCAGAUCACAGCAGGCUGUGGGUGCUGUUUCGGGCAGGUAGGUGUGCUGGCAGGUGAUCUUCCUUCUCUUUGUUACUCAUAUCAAUCUUGAGACACGUCUUGCAGUAACAGUUUUAGUCCGUUGUAGCGUUCUCCUCUUGCGGACCUCCUGCAGUGCUGGUGUUGUCUUCAAAUAGCCUACAAAAGCAAGAGGUUGUAAUAGUCUAACAGGAUACAUUACACAAAGCUGUGUCAUCUUCACACAUUCCUUAGGUUCAGUAAAUUGUUUCUUUCCCAGUGUAGUUGUCGUUACGGUUGUGAGCCAUCUUUGAGGAGCUGUAUUGUGAGCUGACUUUCCUUGCAGUAGCAGAGAGGCGCUUUUUGUCCCUGUAGAUAAUGCUUGUCACUGACCAAACGUAUAUCAGCAGUCCAAGUAACUGAGCCAACAGUUGAUGUGUUAACAUGCAGAACCCUCAAGAUAGGCUGUGAACAAACAGCUCUUUGAGAAAACGGGUACAGUGGGCGCCUUCCCGGAAGGUUUGUCCUAUCUGAAGCAUCCCAGCUGCAAAGUGGUUUUGAUUCCGUUGCAGCUGACUCUGUGUGCCCUCCGUGUGCCCUCCCUGCCUGUUUGUAGUCCUGCUGGUUUCAGUGACUGCAGGAGUGUGGCUGUCACUGCAGGUACUGUUCGGUGUGAAGAUGCAGAGCUGAAGGCUGAGCAUUGGCUGCCGCGGUUCUCCAGGAGCAAUUUGCUUUCCUGGGGAGCUGGUUUUGUUUUGUAAUGCCAUAUUGAAGGCAGAAAAGAACAAAAACUCCUGACACGAGAAACAUGCAUGUGUUUGUAAAUGGCAUCGAGGUUGUUUCCAGCUGCUAGCCAGGCUGGACGGGCUUCCCCACUAGAUCCACAAGCUGGCAUUCCUGCAGGUGGACAAGCUUUGUUUUCUCAUGAAGGAUGUUUAAGGCAGGAGGGAGGGGGGAAAACUUCGACUUCCUCUGUGUUGGGAUAACUGAAGAGAAAUUGAAGGGGCAGACAGUACUGCUCUCUGAAGAGUUAAACGUUAAUGCCAAUAAGAAAGCUGUGUUUUGCCGUGGGAGAAGUGGCACUCACAUAUCAAUCAGCUGCUAUUUGUGUGUGUGCAUUGGAGUUUUUGUUCUUUCUCCUGUGAAAUACAUCCAUGUUUCUGAUGGGGAGGGAGCUGACCGUGCCGACCAUGCAGUCACUGCCACGAUGCUGAUGCUGCAGUGAGUGGGGACCGAGGGCUGUCCUGCAGCCACAGCCCUGGAGGAGCUCAGCUGCUGCAGCCAACACCUGGAGCACAGCUGUGGGGCAGAGGGGAGGCUCAGGAGCCCCACUCACAGCCCGGGGUGCCCUUCUGCCAGCACUGCUGUCGUGGGUAUUGUACUGAACUGGUCAGAGCUGAGAUGAGUGUGUUACUGGGUGAUGUGCUGCCAGAUCCGUGUCCUGCUCUACUGUUGAAAUUGCUGCCCUGCGUCGAUGCUGGCUUUGUCACCGUGCAGAAUCUUGGACUGUAUUAAAAGGCGUUGGACUGUGGAAGCGACUGACCUCAUCCUUCAGCAACGCUGUCUCUGGGUUUGUCCUCCCUGUAGACCUCGUAGCCAAGUGAUCUGCUAAAACAGAAAUAAACCACUGAGUAUGUG